AUGAUCUCGGGUUGCAGUGUUGAUCUGCUUAUCAAUAUACUCUUGACGAUCCUGGGUUACCUCCCCGGCCAUAUCCACGCAUUCUACCUCGAAUACGUAUACUACGCCAAUCGCAACGCAGGGUCAGGAGAAGCACCACGUCGCGCGCCGGGAGUCUAUUCCGAACGGAUUCAGCGCGGGGGGAAUCAUCACACGACGUAUGGCACGAUCCCUUGA